CAGCACCAGCAAGCGAGCAGACCAGAGUACCAAGCGCAGAGACAAUCUGCGGAACCCACUAGGAGGCUCAGAGUGUGAGAGACAUAUCUCACUCCGCUUCAAGUACUACCACAACGACGACGACAACAAAAGCAACUACUAUUGCAAUACUAGGAUCUAUCUCUCAUUCUCUCGAACAAUUUCAUCGUCACAUCUUUUCGGUAAGAUGGAGAACCCAGAGGCAAACCAGCUUCCUGAAGUGGACUCGUUGCCAGACGGGUUUGUUGAGAGCUCCACGGAACCAGUGGCUCCUCUAACUCCAACAGUUGAAAAAGAGAAACCACUGGGUGAUUACAAGGAGGAUAGUUUCUCUGAACUUGAUCAUUCGGAUGAGUUGGCUGCAAAUGAGUUUCAAACAAGCCAGGGUAGGGAAGAGAAGACCCAGAAACUUAGGACUUUUCCUGUACCAUUAUCUGAAACAGAUAGUUUUGAUGCUUCGGAGGGCUCAGUUGAAGUGCCCAGUAAGGGCUGUAUGCAGCCAGCACUGGGCUCUUCAGACUCAGCUAACAUUUCCAAGGGUUCAGCUGGGGUAUCCGGAAGCUGCAAGGUAAAAGAACAAGUUCAAGCAGAUUGUCAAAGUUCAGAGAGAUCCACUGAAGGAGGCUUAGAAGCAUCGGCAACCCAUAUGAAGGAUAUAUCUUCACCCGAGAGUGUUGAUACAUCAAAAAAUAGAAAACUAGAAAUCACUGAAGCCAAACGUAAGAAUGUGAAGCGAUCCUUCAAAUCAGAAAAGGAGUUUUUGGAGUUCACCUUAAAGUAUCAACAAGUUAUUGCAGAAAGGGAUGCAGCCAUUUCUGUUCGAGAUAAGCUUGAGUCACUGUGUAGGGAGUUACAACGUCAGAACAAAAUGCUAAUGGAUGAAUGCAAACGGGCAUCCAUGGAGGGGCAAGGCCUGAGAUUAGAUUUAUCAGCCAAGUUCCAAGAUGCGAUCAAGGAUGUGAGCAAUAAGCUAGACGAGCAAAAGGAGGAGUGUCUUUCUCAGCUAAGGGAGAAUGAGAUGUUAAGAAAUAAGCUAAAGCAGCUCGCCGAUCAGUAUACUCUUUCUGAACAGCAUUUUGCACAGAAGUUAAAGCAGAAGUCGCUGGAACUUCAGCUUGCCGAUCUAAAAAUUAAGCAACAUGAGGAGAAAUUGGUCCAGGAACAGUCCCAGAUGAAAUUAUAUGCAGAACAGGUCUCACAAUUAUUGUCAACAGAAAAGAAUUUGCGCUUGCAGUUGACAGCUGAUGGAGAAAAGUUCCAACAAUUCCAGGAUGCUUUGUUAAAGAGCAAUGAGGUUUUUGAAACGUUUAAACAGGAGAUUGAGAAGAUGGCAAAAUCAAUCAAGGAACUCAAGAAGGAAAAUUCAUUCUUGAAGAGCAAAAGCGAGAAAUCUGACGUUACUCUUAUAGAACUUGUUGAUGAGCGCGAGCGCUUGAAAAAGCAGUUGGAGAAAACAAAGAAUCAGAAAGAAAAGUUGGAAUCGUUGUGCCGAUCGCUUCAGGCAGAAAGGAAACAGAGUUCCAUCGAGAUCAAAAGUUCAGAAUGAGUUCUUCUAGUAUGUAUACCAAAAGGUUGAACUAAGUAAGAAGCUCAAAAUGAAUUUUGGAACAAUCAUUUCGGAUUUUACUGUCAUAUUUUCUUUCAGCUAUGGCUUCUUGCCAAAAGACGGCAUAAAAAGAUAAUUUGUUCUUCCUUCCGAGUGUAACUGUAUGGAAUUUUAUUAUAUGAAAUAUUAUACUUUUGAGAUUUUUA